CCAGGUGCUGAUCCCAUGUAUCCGGCCCCUCUCAUGUCCUCAUGUCCCAUCUGUCCCCCAACUAUGUGACUAGGAGCCCAGUACGCAGGUUACAGAGCUUCCCCUACCAUCCAGGGCCUCCAGCCUCUCAAACUGGGCAUCCAAUGCCAGAGCAAGAUGAGUUGAAUGUCAUUAAGGAAAGGAGCGGGAGAGAGGCUAGGGAAUGGUUUAGCAACGGGAGAUGUCAGUUCCUUGCCCUAGGAGCUAUCAUCGGCUGCGCCGGAACAGUUGACAUGAAGUUUCCAUUGCUCGAGCACCUGGUCGAGGGAUUCGAGAUAGAAAAGUGGGAAGGAGAAGGCAUCAGUAAGAUGAAGGAAGUCUUAGCCAAAGAAUUGACGGGAUUGGAUAGUAAGAUUCAUAAGGCACUCCAUCCCGAAUUCCUGUACAGGUUCAGCGAAGGAGCAUGGAUUGUAAGUUUGGGAUACGAAAGGACGGGGUUGGAGUUUUCAGAGACCUGCAGAAGAGGAGGGGGAAGCUACUUGAGACUAGGUAGAGCCUGGAAUGGGAUCAGCCCGCUGAGAGAGAAGUUUGCGCCUCUCUUUUUUGAAUUUCAGAAGAUGGAGGAGCAUGUGCUUUGGGCCGUACACAACAGUGAUAAGCAAGAAGCAAGGAAUGAUGGGAAUGGCGAAACUCUGGCUGGUGUCGUGGCUGUCGGAGGGGUUCUCGUGGCUGUGCGUUGUGCAGUGCUUAUGGCAGGUGUGGUCGAGGCGCUGUUGCUUGAGACCGGCAUGAAUGGUAGCAGUGUCUGUCUUGUUCUGCUCCUGUGUGCUAUGUAUGGCUCUGCCGCUAAGGCACUUCUUCUGCUGCCUCCAGCCGCAGUCGGUGUCUUGACCGGGGCAUCGGGGAUCAUGAUGCCCGCGAAUCUGCUAGCGAAUGGAACAUUCUUCAGCGCUGGAUGGUCAGUAAGCCCUUCGACGGUGGUCAUAUUGUCGUCGAUGAGUCUGUCGAGGAGGUCUCUCAUGAUCUGCCUCAUGUGCAGGAAGGUGACUUGUGCGAAGCCGGGUCCCUUCCAUUCUGUCUCCAGCUUCUGUUGGAAAUCAAACAUGCGUGUCACAUCUGUUGGCGCCACAGGGUUGAAGAAGUCCAAGUUGGCGAUGUAGUUCGAUAUCAUGUGGUCAAACCAAGUAAUGGUCUUGCCACAGUUCUUCUCACAUGUGCACUUGAGA